GAAUCACUGUGUGGCUUGUCAGAGAAAUCAGACAUGGGACUGCUGCUCGCGAUCAUUCUGGGCUUUCUCGCCGCUCUGAUUGGAGGACUUUACCUUCUCGGGGUGUUUCGACAGCGGCGACCUGGGGAACCCCCUUUGGACAAGGGGCUCAUUCCUUGGAUGGGUCACGUCUUGGAGUUUCGCAGAAACACGCUGAAGUUCUUGGAGAGGAUGAAGCGAAAGCACGGCGACGUGUUCACGAUACAGCUGGGAGGCUUUUACAUCACUUUCCUCCAGGACCCGCUAUCCUUUGGCUCCAUCGUGAAGGAGAGUCGAGAGAGACUGGACUUCAACAAGUUCGCCGUGCAAUUGGUGCGCAAGGUGUUCGGUUAUGUGGCGAUUGAGGGCGAACACAACAUUCUCCAUGUUGCCAGCAGCAAGCACCUGAAAGGGGAUGGCCUGGAGGUGAUGACGCAAUCCAUGAUGGGUAAUCUGCAGAACCUCAUGCUGCACGACAUCGGCUCCUCCGGGGACCAAAACUCAGACCGGAGAGCCUGGAUCGAGGACGGACUGUUCAAAUACAGCUACAACAUCGUUUUCAGGGCGGGCUACUUAUCUCUGUACGGCAACGAGCCGCACAAGCCAGACGGAAGUGAGGAGAAAGCCAAAGAGAAGGACCGGGCUGAGUCGGAAGCCUUAUUUGACGAGUUUCGUAAAUAUGAUCAACUCUUCCCCAACCUGGCUUACGGUGUCCUGACACCGAGGAAAAGGUUGGAAGCGGAGAGGCUCAUGGGAUUCUUCUGGAACAGUCUGUCGGUGCAGAAGAUGAAGACCAAAGACAACAUCAGUCGCUGGAUUUGGGACAUCCAGCAGGCCAAAGAGGAGGUGGGGAUCAAGGAGUCGAUGAUAAACAGGUACAUGUUUGUGCUUCUUUGGGCCUCUCAGGGCAACACGGGGCCCUCGUCCUUCUGGCUGCUCCUCUUCCUCAUGAAACACCCCGAGGCCAUGGAAGCGGUGAAGGAGGAGGUCGUCAAAGUCCUGAAUGAGUUCGGACAAGAGGUGCAACCGGGGGGCCCUUUGAUCAACCUGACCCGCGACAUGCUGUCGAAAACGCCGGUCCUGGACAGCGUCGUCGAGGAGACCCUCCGCCUCACCGCCGCGCCGCUCCUCACCCGGGCGGUGCUUCAGGACAUGACGCUGAAGAUGGCGGACGGGCGUCAAUACCCCAUACGCCAGGGCGACAGAAUAGCCGUCUUUCCUUACAUCGCCGUUCACAUCGACCCGGAGAUCCACCCCGACCCGCUGUCGUUCAAAUACGACCGCUUCCUCAACCCGGACGGGAGCAAGAAAACAGAUUUUUACAAAGCGGGGAAGAAGGUGAAGUACUACAACAUGCCGUGGGGUGCCGGGGUGUCCAUGUGCCCGGGGCGAUUCUUUGCCACCAACGAGCUGAAACAAUUCGUUUUCCUCAUGUUGGUUUAUUUCGAGUUCGAGCUGAAGAAUCCCGACGAGGAGAUACCUGAAAUUGACUUCAGGCGGUGGGGGUUCGGAUCGAUGCAACCCCAGAGAGACGUUCAGUUCCGAUACAGACUCAGAUAUUAAACACCGAAUCGGUCGUCGCGGUUUUCAAUCGUCACAUUAAUGAUGCGACGAGCAUCGACAAAAAAAAUGUUUUUUCCAGCAUUAUAUCAUUUUCAAUGAAACCACUGGUGAGUGUCUAGUUAUUAAUUAAAGGAAAAACCAUAAACAAUGUAUUAGUCAAAGAUGAACAGCUUCAGAUGUUAAAAUUCAUCUCAUUACAUGAGAACUACACAAAUAUAAAAAUAAAAAGCAUAGAUGCCAUUCCUUUGGUACUAUUCAACAUGUAUUUCUGUUAGAUGGUCAUCACGUUGCUAGUUGGGUGUCUUUAUUUCAAUUCCUCUCUGUUUGUGUAACCUUAAAACCAGAGUCACCUAGCUUUGCUUGGGAUAUUAAAUGCGUCAAUCAAGUGAGCGAAUCUGGUGUUUGGGGAAUACAACCCAUGGAACGUCACUGGACCGGUUCCACCACAAGGUCAUGGUUGGGUACGAUGUUUAGCUUGUUAACAUGAUUGCGCAAUAAUGCUUGUUUUUAAAGUUUUUUUUUUUUUUUUUUUUUUCAAGCUGCAAUAAAACUUUAUUCUACCAAAAUGAG